AUGAGUGAACUCCGCUUCAUUCCGAGAAAUUGGCUGAAAGAUGCUGAAGAUACGGGAAGUGGUUGGGACAUUGGCUUUGAAGAUGACGAGCUCUCUGCUGGGGCCAGUGCUGCUGCCGCCGCAGCACCCCUGCUGUCGGGCGCUCCAGCGCUCGCGGAGCAGCAAGAUGGAGAUGUUGAGCGGAUCCGCAAUGGCAUCGAGAAGGUGGAGGGCUGGAACGUCGUCGCCGUGCUGACAGACGUCGUGGCCAUGCUGACGGACAUCGUGGCCAUGCUCAAGAACGUUGUGGCCGUGCUCAAGAACGUCGAGGCCGUGCUCAAGAACGUCAUGGCCGCGCUGAAGAACGUCAUGGCCGUGCGGCGGAACGUCGGACUCGUGUUGAUGCUCGCACACUCAAGAAAGCCGUCAGAGGCAGGCUGCGGCAUUUGGUCGCAAGGUUUCCGACCAAAGCCUGAGUCACCGAAAGAGCCAGUGUCACCUGGAAGGGCAACAAGAGAGCGGCCACACACUGACCGAGUGAUUACUGUUGACCCAAGAACACCCGCACGCCCCACUUCCAACACGCAGGAAGCUGGCAAAACGACAACAGAACAGCCUAGCGUUGAGGAGGUGGCUGUAGACCCAGGGUCACCAACAGGGCCGCAGUCACCAGCAGCUGGCAAAACUGCAACAGAGCAGCCUAGCGUUGAGGAGGUGGCUGCAGACCCAGGGUCACCAACAGGGCCACAGUCACCAGCAGCUGGAAAAACUACAACAGAGCAGCCUAGCGUUGAGGAGGUGGCUGUAGACCCAGGGUCACCAACACAGCCGCAGUCACCAGCAGCUGGCAAAACUGCAACAGAGCAGCCUAGCGUUGAGGUGGCUGCAGAACCAGGGUCACCCACAGGGCCACAGUCACCAGCAGCUGGCAAAACUGCAACAGAGCAGCCUAGCGUUGAGGAGGUGGCUGUAGACCCAGGGUCACCAACAGGGCCGCAGUCACCAGCAGCUGGCAAAACUGCAACAGAGCAGCCUAGCGUUGAGGAGGUGGCUGCAGACCCAGGGUCACCCACAGGGCCGCAGUCACCAGCAGCUGCCAAAACUACAACAGAGCAGUCUAGGAUUGAGGAGGUUCCCGUGGACCCAGGGUCACCAACAGGGCCGCAGUCACCAGCAGCUGGAAAAACUACAACAGAUCAGCCUAGCGUUGAGGAGGUGGCUGUUGACCCAGGGUCACCAACACAGCCGCAGUCACCAGCAGCUGGCAAAACUGCAACAGAGCAGCCUAGCAUUGAGGAGGUGCCUGUAGACCCCGGGUCACCAACACAGCCGCAGUCACCAGCAGCUGGAAAAACUACAGCAGAGAAGCCUAGCAUUGAGGAGGUUCCCGUGGACCCACAUUCACCAACAGGGCCACAGUCACCAGCAGCUGGCAAAACUGCAACAGAGCAGCCUAGCGUUGAGGUGGCUGCAGACCCAGGGUCACCCACAGGGCCGCAGUCACCAGCAGCUGGCAAAACUGCAACAGAGCAGCCUAGCGUUGAGGAGGUGGCUGCAGACCCAUGGUCACCCACAGGGCCACAGUCACCAGCAGCUGGCAAAACUGCAACAGAGCAGCCUAGCGUUGAGGAGGUGGCUGUAGACCCAGGGUCACCAACAGGGCCGCAGUCACCAGCAGCUGGCAAAACUGCAACAGAGCAGCCUAGCGUUGAGGAGGUGGCUGCAGACCCAGGGUCACCCACAGGGCCGCAGUCACCAGCAGCUGCCAAAACUACAACAGAGCAGUCUAGGAUUGAGGAGGUUCCCGUUGACCCGGGUUCACCAACAGAGCCGCAGUCACCAGCAGCUGGCAAAACUACAACAGAGCAGCCUACGGUUGAGGAGGUGGCUGUAGACCCAGGGUCACCAACGGGACCACAAUCACCAGAAACAGAUCAGCAACCUAGAAAUGAAGGUCAAGAAGGAGAUGACCUGCCAGUUGCUGUUAUUUCUCCGGCAGUAGAAAGAUCGGAUAUUCCUGUUUCGGCACCCAGUUCCUCCAUCCUGGCCGUGCUUGGCCCAGCGGAGGCAGCUGAGGCGGAAGCCUUCCACCGACGCUUCCACCAGCUGCGCCAAGGCUCAAACCUCCCCAAGAUGGCCAAAAAGAAAAGCGGAAAAGUCUAUCACACUGGCGUCACCGAUGCCAUUGAGCCCCAACCACAAGAUGGCGGACGAACCCACGAAGUCAUGGGUGUGAACACGCACGUGAUGGCCGUCCAGGAACGGCCCAACAGCACCGGCACGCCCACCGAUCCGCGCGAGCGGAGACCGUCCUGGGCACAUGACGGACCGGAACUCCAGUUCGAUGACCAGGUGGCCAUCCACGAGCCGGAGCUUCCCGCCAUCACCGUCCACGACACCGACGCUCGCCAUGAGCCCGACGUGGCCGACGUGGCCGUUGCCGAGGGGCUCACGGGGAAGCGCGAACGAGAGGAGGACGGCCCUGCCGAGAGCCGAAAAGCACCACAGCCGUCGGCGAUUCACCUUCCGCCCAUCUCACGUGCUGCCACGGCGCCCGGAAACUUGUGUGAUGAAAACGAAGAUCUGCAGAGUAUCCUCGAAAGCAGCAAUGUCAAGGCCCUGAAAGAUCGCCUCAGAAGUGAGAUGACUCUGCACGAGCAAACACGGAAUCACGCCAAAGAGUUGGAGAAGCGUUUGCAGUUGGCCACCAAGCCCCGAUCUUCCCAAAAGCCACGCUUCGGCAUCACCUCCACCACGCCCUACGACCGCCGACCGCGAGAGAAGUCCCGAGAGAAGCGCAGCGAGCGCAGCGUUGUCUUACCCCCUUUGAAACCGCUGAAGUCGGCACAAUCCUCGCGUUCCCCGAAGCGCUCCGCCGAUGGCGCCUUGCGAAACGUCCAUGAGAUGUUGAAGGAUGAGAACAUGAGCGUUUUGUCUCGUGGUGGACAAUCGCGCACUCGUCUUCAAGCUUAUGGCCGCCUAACGCGAGCAGGGCUAAGCACCUGGGACGUGCGCUUGGAUGAAAAGAUCUCACGUUUUCAAGACAUGCGUGCGUUCUCAGAUUCCAUGUGGAAUUCCUUUCACGAACUCUGGCUAGCCAGUUCCACCCAACAGAAUAGUCUUUGCACCGAGGGUCAGCUGAAAGUGCCAAGACCUCGAUGGGAAGCUGAAACCAUCCCUGUCCGAAAGCGCAGCGUCAGCUGUGUGGGCGAUGAGAGUGUGGCGGCUUUACUUCCACAGAUGAAGCGCAUGCGUCUUCGUCCUAGCAUCGGGCAAUUGCGGCUGCAACGGGAGGCCGAGGACCAUUUAGCCCUACCGUCGCAGGUGCGCCUAUCUGUGGAGCCUGAGUUGCUUCGAGCAUUAGUAUCCAUUGAAUGCGCGAUGGACAAAGAUGCGGUACAAUUCGACAUCUCCUUCCCACCACAAUAUCCGCAUCGAGCACCACAGAUAGUACAGGUUUCACCCGCCCAAGAAGUGGCGGCAUGGAGGUACGAGGGACAGCUGGUUCUGUUACCACGACUCGCAGAACAUGGCUGGAGUUCCGCCAUGGGUUUAGCCGACAUUCUUCGAGACUUGCUCGAAGCGUUUCCAGGACUGUCCGCGCGUGGGAGCCCUUGCGAGAAGGCCACCGUCUCUUCCAAUCGCUUCCUGGCCGUGCCGAUCCUUAAUGGCACGCCUCAAAUGGAAGAAGAUGUGGAGAUGUCAUGA